AUGCCUCCCGGCCGUCGAUCCGGUCGCGCUGCCGCCAAGAAGGCCGCCGCUGCGCUGGAGAAUACGCCCAAGACCUACGACGAAGCACCAGGGGAAGAUGAGACCAUGCCCGAUGCCACGAACGAGGAGGAGGUCCCCAUCCCCGAAGACGACGACAAGGAUUCGGAGCACGUAGAGGACAACGACGAUGAGGAGGACGAAGACGACAAGGCUAGCAGAGACGGCGAGUCAGAUGGUGAGAAGGAUCGAGAAGAAGAAGAGGAGGAGGAGGACAAGGGGGGGGGGGCCGCUCCUCCACCACCCCAGCGCGAGCGAUCACCCCUACCAGCGGGCAUGGUGCGCAGGAAGCGCCUGGGUCGGCCACCAAAGAACAAGCCUCCAGACUGGGAUCCCAUGGUCGUCGUGCCGUACGAUGAAGCCCGCGACACGCCUCGCCGCCGUGGACGUGGUGGCUACCGUGGUCGUGGUGGACGAAAGGGCGGUCCCUCCGCGCCCAAGGCAGAGCAGGUCAUUGACGCUGAGGGGACAAUUGCCGAGAUUGCCAACGAUGAGUGCGUUCUUCCCGAGGAUCCAGAGGGAGAGCAGAAAGUGGACAAGAACGGAAAUCUGUCGGGCGGGCGAGACUAUCGCUGCCGUGUCUUCACCGUCCUAGGAAGGGGGGAGAGGCUGUACAUGUUGUCGACCGAGCCCGCCCGUUGUGUGGGCUUCCGGGACAGCUAUCUCUUCUUCACAAAGCAUCGCAAGCUGCACAAAAUCAUCGUCGACGAUGACGAGAAGCGGGACAUGAUUGACCGGGAUAUCAUCCCGCAUUCAUACAAGGGACGCUCCAUCGGUAUCGUCACAGCGCGAUCGGUCUUCCGCGAGUUUGGUGCGCGCAUCAUCAUCGGUGGCAAGCGCAUCGUCGAUGACUACAACGUGGCCCAGGCGAGGGCGGACUGCGUGGUGGAGGGACAGCUUGCUGACCCUGACGACCGCUUCAACCCUUCCGAGCCGUACAACAAGAACCAGUACGUCGCCUGGCACGGCGCCAGUGCGGUGUACCACACGCAGACGCCAUCGGUGCCAGUGCCAAAUGGCAAGCCGCACAUCUUCAACGCCAGAAUCAACGAAAUCCGCAAGCUCAACAACGCUGGCGUCUACGACAUUCACACAAAUACCAUGCACUAUCCCAAGAUGAUGCAGCCAACGCGAGCUCGCAUCGAGCAGGUCCCUGUGGAUGAGGAGGAUAAGGCUUGCGCGGAAGAUACCAUCUUCACGCCUGUUCCAGCCAAAGUGGCCAAGAACUUCUUUGUUACGGACACAUACCUUGAGAUCCCACCCGUGGGUCUCUCCAAGGGAGCCUACGAACACAGGGAUGCCCACGACCCGUUGGCAUCCUUCAAUGGCUUAGGCGUUGUGCCCGACGAGAUCAAGAGUCUGCUACCGCCUGAAUGCCGCAAGGCCUUUGACACCGCCCUGGACCACGAGAUGGAAUGGAAGUCGAGGUGGGGCGCAGAAAGCAAAACCAUGUCCAGGAGAGAACCCGUCAUUGACAAAGCCAUUGUUCCUUACACCUCGCGGUGCUUCAUCCGUCAGGCUGUGCUCGUGACGUCCCUGGAUAUGAUGUGGUGA